CCACCAGCGACGAAUGCGCCUUGUCGCGCCCUCAACCUGACCAUCAUGGGCGAUCGCGUGGACUUCGACAUCAACGAGAGCCUCAAAAACUACCUCAGCGACCCCUCCUCCAUCGCCACUCCAGAGGCGCCCUCCGACCUCGCCGAUUGCGAAAAUGACCCCGAAUCGCUCACGACCGCCGUCAUAAACUCCGCCUUGAAUCCCGUCGUCGACGCUGUGACGGACAACCCGGAUGCUAUUACGCGCAGUUCCAAUUUUGAUACUCUGCAAUUCUUGCUUAAAAACUCUUCUUUGCUUCCGACGUCUUCUUUGAGCAAAAUCCUUGACCUUGUUGUCUCCGGACUGUCCUCCGAAGCCGAUGUAGCUCACGCCGAUCUUGAAGCUGACGAACAGGACACAAUCUCCCACCACAAGCAGCUUCUGGAGCUUUUCGGAUUCGUGUUGCAAUGGACUAUAUCUGCCGUCGAGACCAAGGCUGCCGAAAAGCCGGCGUCGUCUACUGCGGGCAGAGGACGUGGUGGGAAGGGAACGAAGAAGAGUGGUGGGAAAAAGGAUGAUAACUGGGAUGCCAAAGCACAGCUCCAGACAUCGAUGGACGUUAUGAGCAAGGUCCUCAAGCUCAAGCUCGCCAGGAUAUUUGUGACAACUGCGGAGCGUGAUACGUUCGUCAACCUAUUCACGCGGCCGGUGUACCUCAUACUGGAAAGCGAAGAGAGAUGCAAGAGCAAUGCGAUCCGCAUGCAUGCUUUUAAGGUGUUGUGCAUUUCGGUUAAACAUCACGGGCAUGCUUUUGGUGCUCAAACCUCCAUCAUCCAAAACCUAUCAUACUUCGAGCACUUAUCCGAACCAAUGGCCGAGUACCUCCAUAUUUUGGCCGAACAAUACGACUAUCCUCAAUUGACCGAGGAAGUUCUUCGUGAGCUGAGUAACAAGGAAUUUAAUAGCAACGAUCUUAAAGGACCAAAAUCCGUUUCUACUUUCAUCACCAAGAUCUCCGAGCUUGCACCUCGCCUCGUCAUCAAGCAGAUGACUCUUUUGGCCAAGCUCCUGGAGAGUGAAUCUUACACUCUGCGCUGUGCGAUCAUAGAAGUUUGUGGUAACCUGAUUGCUAUGCUCAGCAAGCAGGACGACAGCGAACGUAGCGAGCAGAGCGAGGGCCAGAUCAACGUAUUUUUCGAUGUGCUCGAGGAGCGCUUCUUGGACGUCAACCCCUAUUGCCGAUGCAGAGCCAUUCAAGUUUACGUCAGACUCUGCGACCUCGAGGCGAAAUACCCUCAAAGGAGACAAUCAGCCGCAGAGCUUGCGGCCAGGAGCUUGGAAGACAAGAGCAGCAACGUUCGCCGAAAUGCCAUCAAACUUCUCGGAAAACUGGUCACCACACAUCCGUUCAGUGUCCUACACGGCGGUCAGCUUUCUUUCGAUGACUGGAACGCAAGAUUGCAGAAAGUCGACGAAGAGAUCAACGCACUUAAGCCCCCAGAGGAGUUGCAGGAAAAGAGUACUGUAGAUGCGACUGUGGACGAGGGUUUGCUGGAUGAUGCGACUCAAGUAGACAACGGAGCUCCGGACCCAGCGGAGAUGACCGAGGAGCAAAAGAAGGCAGCCUUGGAGAGAGCCGUCACCGAAGCCGCGACAGCUGAGGCUUUGAACAAGCUCAACCUUACCCGGAAAUAUUACCUUGAUGCGAUCCGUUUCAUUGAAAUCAUCCACGCAGCCUCUGGCGUCGUUACGCAGCUUCUUUCUUCGAAGAACAAGAGCGAGGUUAUCGAGGCUAUGGAUUUCUUCGUUAUUACGGAUGCUUACAGGAUCCAAACGUCCCGUGUUGGAAUUAGACGCAUGCUCAGACUCAUAUGGACCAAGGGAAACAGCGACGAAGGCAAGGGUGUGCAGACUCACCUCAUUGAGUGCUACAAAGGUCUCUUUUUCGACGCUCCUGAUUCUUUCGACACCAACAAUGCAGCAAAUUAUGUUGCUCGUAACAUGGUCAGCUUGACGUUUGGCGCAACACCAGCAGAGCUUACUUCAUUGGAGCAGCUCCUCAGCACAAUGAUGAAGCAGGAUCUGGUCAGUGAGCACGUCAUUUCGAAAUUGUGGCAGAUUUAUGGUGCCCAGAAGAAGGGCAAGGAGACCUCGAAAACACAGCGCCGCGGUGCCAUCAUUGUUCUUGGCAUGCUCGCUCUGGCCGACCCUGACAUUGUUGUCAAGGAGAUGGAGACUUGUCUGCGAAUUGGUCUAGGCGAGCUCGGACGGAGAGAUCUUGGUCUUGCCAGGUAUACUUGUGUCGCUUUGAGGAGAAUCAAUGCUGCAGCACAGGCUAGCAAGGGAAUGGUGUCUGCUGCUGCAGCCAAGCUUCCCAAUGACCACGCAGUACUGGUAAGGCUAGCGGCCACUAUGGAUAUCGAAUCCAACAACAAAGAGUGGUUUGGUCUCGCUGAGCAAGCUAUCGAUGCUAUCUAUGCUUUGUCCAAGCACCCUGACACCCUCUGCUCCGAAAUAAUCAGGCACAAAACCAAGAAAGUUUUUACGCCUAAGGAGCCAGAGAGGCCACAAACGGCUGAUCCGGAUGCCAUGGACGUUGACGAACCCGAGAACCGUCCCGCUAGCCGGGAUUCCCAAUCUGACGAGAAGAAGUAUCGCCCCGCUCUCGCGCUGUCACAACUCCUGUUCAUCGUGGGACAUGUCGCCAUAAAGCAAAUUGUUCACCUCGAGCUCUGCGAGCAAGACUUCAAGCGCAGGAAAGCUGAGAAGGAGAAGAACGGUACCGCCGGUGACAAACGUAAAUCCAUUGCUGCCACGCCGGCCAAGAAGUCCAAGGCCCAGGAAGAGCAGGACGAAUUGGAUUUGAUUGCUGGCACCACCGAGGAUGACUUUACGGAAGCCCUGGCGCACAUCCGUGAGCGCGAGCUUCUGUAUGGCCCCAACUCUCUUCUUGCCAAUUUCGGACCGCUGGUUGCUGAGAUCUGCGCAAACAACCUGAACUACGCAGACAGCACGCUGCAGGCGCAGGCCGCUCUCUGCCUAGCCAAGCUUAUGUGCGUCAGCUCCGAGUACUGCGAGCGGCACCUCGGGUUGCUUUUGACGAUCCUGGAACGCAGCAAGGACGCCGUGGUACGGUCAAACCUGGUGGUUGCGCUGGGCGACAUGGCCGUCUGCUUCAACCACCUGAUCGACGAGAACACGGACUUCCUGUACCGGCGCCUCAACGACCGCGACGCCUCCGUCAAACGCACUUGCCUGAUGACGCUGACGUUCCUGAUUCUGGCCGGCCAGGUCAAGGUCAAGGGCCAGCUGGGCGAAAUGGCAAAGUGCCUCGAGGACGAGGACAAGAAGAUCGCGGACAUGGCACGCAUGUUCUUCUCCGAGCUCGCGACAAAGGACAACGCCGUGUACAACCAGUUCGUGGACAUGUUCAGCGUCCUCAGCGCCGACAACAGGCUCGAAGAGGAGGCGUUUAGAAGGAUCGUCAAGUUCCUGUCCGGGUUCAUCGAAAAGGACAAGCACUCCAAGCAGCUGGCCGCGAAACUGGCGGCGCGUCUGCCCCGCUGCGAGAGCGAGCGCCAGUGGAACGACGUCGCGUACGCGCUGGGCCUGCUGCAGCACAAGGACGAGGAGAUCCAGAAGCUCGUCGGCGAGGGCUUUAGGGUCGUGCAUGCGAAUGCGUAGGCGCGUGUGCGUGUGCGUGUGUGCGUGUGGCGCGAUGACUUACGUAUGGUAUGUACGUGGAUAUCGUGGAUAUGGAUGGUCGGGCGGCUGCUUUAAGGGCGUCAUUGGUGGGUGCGGGAUAAGGGCAUAUUGGAACGGGUUGGAGCGGAGCUGGGAUGGGAGCCUAUUACUUGCUAGUUACUUGCUUACUCUUUGGGACACGGACGGGCGGAUUGGAGCGGUG